AUGGGAGCAACCAGAAAGGGUUCACAGGAGCAGCACAAACUGUCAGCAGGGAACAGGGCAGGUUAACACCACACCCCCACCCUGGCCUAACGGAAAACACAGCAAAGCUCUGGAAUGCCAUGGUAAAGUUAUGUGGGUGUGGGGGCUAUUCAGAGAGAGUGUGUGUGGGGGUUGGGAGAGGGUUGGUGUGCCCGUGCGUGCGAGAGAGAGGGAACGAGAGAGGAGACCUAUACGUUUACCCCAAACCUGGAUCAUAUAGGUGGGGCGCUGAGCCCCCCCCCUCCCGAGGCUAUAGGCAUUAGUGACACGUGCCAGCCCAACCCCAACAUGUUCAGCUGAAACCAGUUGGAACCAAAGUUCUGGUCAAGAAAAGGGCUGAGGGGGAGCACAGAGUUGUAGAGCUAGCUGCAAGUUGAGGGAUGCCUAUAGGGAAACGCAUUCACCCAAAGUAACUAACAUGUCAUAAGGGACGUAACUACAUAUGAGGACUCCAUGGUCCGGACCUCUGUAAUUUUUUCUAAUUUGAGAAAAAUGAUAAAUGUGUACACAAAGAAAAUCUAUUACAGGUCAACAUCUAGAACUAUUGUACCCAGCGUUGAUCAAAGCUCAGAAAGCUUAUAUUCUUGAUCUGAUUGAGUUUUAAUUGCGCCUGCCUCUUUGCGAACGAGUGGAAUCAUGAACAGUGUUUUGUUAUGUUCGCCUGCGUCCCCCGGAUUUGCCUUAGCAGCACAUUCACCAUUCUCCCAAAUGGCUAACUCCGCUCUCUCGCAGCACAUGCAGAGUGCCUGAGACAUGAAACAAACUAUCCCAGCUUGGGAUGGCUCAAUUGGGCAACUAGAGACGCUGCUGUUAGUUUGUUACGCUGCUGACAGUCUGUUGGCGAGAUGCCGGACAAAAGGCCAUUUUAAAACAGUGUCUACAGACAUCCCCAAACAAAAACCGAUUCUGAGAAUGAGUGCACAACUGAUAAAUAGUCGCUUAUACUUUGCCUUCAGAAAGUAUUCACACCCCUUGACUUUUACCACAUUUUGUUGUUACAAAGUGGAAUUAAAAUUGAUUGAAUUGUCUUUUUUUUUGUCAACAAUCUACACAAUACUCUGUAAAAGUUCAAACUUUCUUUUUAAUUAAUGGAAAAUAAAACACUCAUAUAUUUUGAUUAGAUAAGUAUUCAACCCCCUGAGUCAAUACAUGUUAGAAUCACCUUUGGCAGCGAUUGCAGCUGUGAGUGUUUCUGGGUAAGUCUCUACCGUGUAUAUUUGGCCUUACGCUUUAGGUUAUUGUCUUGCUGAAAGGUGGAUUUGUCCUCCCAGUGUCUGUUGGAAACCAGACUGAACCAGGUUUUCCUCUGGGACUUUGCCUGUGCUUAGCUCUAUUCCUUUUAUUUUUAUCCCCAAAAAAAACCACCUAGUCCUUGCUGAUGACAAGCAUACCCAUAACAUGAUGUAGCCACCACCAUGCUUGAAAAUAUGUAGAAUGGUACUCAGUGAUGUGUUAUGUUGAUUUUGCCCCGAAAUAAUGCUUUGUAUUCGGGACGAAAAGUUAAUUUCUUUGCUACAUUUUUUGCAGUAUCACUUUAGUGCUUUAUUGCAAACAGGAUGCAUAUUUUGGAAUAUUUGUAUUCUGUCGGGCUUCCUUCUUUUCACUCAUUUAGGUUAGUAUUGUGGAGUAACUACAAUGUUGUUGAUCCAUCCUCAGAUUUUUCCUAUCACAUCCAUUUAACUCUGUAACUGGUUUACACUGGCCCUGUGUAGCUCAGUUGGUAGAGCAUGGCGCUUGCAACGCCAGGGUUGUGGGUUCGAUUCCCACAGGGGGCCAGUAUGAAAAUGUAUGCACUCACUAACUGUAAGUCGCUCUGGAUAAGAGCGUCUGCUAAAUGACAAAAAUGUAAAAUUAAUCAGACAGCAGCCAGUGGUCCCAAGAAUAUAAGCAAACGCAUGACCAGGACAAAAUAACGAAGUGGAUGUGAGUUUGUAUGUGAAAGUGCAAUGCAGAUUAGUAAAUACUUUGUAGUAGUUCCCUGUAGCUCAGUUGGUAGAGCAUGGCGCUUGCAACGCCAGGGUUGUGGGUUCGUUUCCCACGGGGGGCCAGUAUGAAAAUGUAUGCACUCACUACCUGUAAGUCGCUCUGGAUAAGAGCGUCUGCUAAAUGACUAAAAUGUAAAUGUAAAAUGUUUAAAAUCACCAUUGGCCUCAUGGUGAAAUCCUUGAGCGAUUUCCUUCCUCUCCGUCAACUGAGUUGGGAAGGACGCCUGUAUCUUUGUAGUGACUGGGUGGAUUGAUACACCAUCCAAAGUGUAAUGAAUAACUUCACAAUGCUCAAAGGGAUAUUCAAUGUCCCUUUUUUUUACCCAUCUACCAAUAGGUCCCCUUCUUUGCUAGGCAUUGGAAAAACCUCCCUGGUCUUUGUUGAAUCUGUGCUUGAAAUUCACUGCUCGACUGAGGGACCUUACUGUGGUAUACAGAGAUGGGGUAGUCAUUCAAAAAUCAUGGUAAACACCAUUAUUGCACAGAGUUAGUCCCUUCAACUUAUCUGACUUGUUAAGCAAAUUGUUACGCCUGAAAUUAUUGAGGCUUGCCAUAACAAAGGGGUUGAAUACUUAUUGACUCAAGACAUUUCAGCUUUUUAUUUUUUAUAAAUUUGUAAAAAGUUCUAAAAACAUAAUUCCGCUUUGACAUUAUGGGGUAUUGUGUGUAGAUCAGUGACACAAUCAACAUGUAAUCAAUUUUAAAUUCAGACUCUAACACAACAAAAUGUGGAAAAAGUCAAGGGGUGUGAAUACUUUCAGAAGGCACUGUAGAUAUGUCAAUCAUCUAACAGCAGCAUUUUUAUUUUUAGCGAAAACCUGAAAAAACUGGGGGAAACAGAAACCUGGAAAAACAACAAAAUGGGAUUUGUGGAAAAAACGAAACGGAAUCCGGCAAAAAAUAUGAAACCGAUUUUAUAGGGACCUACUACUAGUGGUGUAUCCUCUGUGUCUGAAUGGGGGUUAUAGUAGCCCGUUGGUUGUCUGGCUGUUGACUCGUCCUUUAGUUCUCUUUCGGUUGUUUCUCUGUGUCGUCCUGGUGGUGUGAGAUCGGGGGUGACAGACAGCCACAGAACAUCUCAGGACGAAUGGGACUGCUGCCAACUGUCUGGGACAGGGGGAACCUGUGUGUAGGAUAGUGUACGUGCGUCCGAGAGCGAGUGUUUUGCCUGUACACAAAUGUGCAGUAAAUUUGUGUGGUUGUGUGUGUCUGCACCCCUUGAAAGCCUGUGUGUCUCUGGUGUAGGCGUGUGUCUCUGAGUCGUGACAGUAACACAGAACUGUGAGCAGUGUGUGAGAGAGGUCUGUCUGUGAAAACUGGGUGCAACAGGCCCGCGCCACAGAAGAUAUGAACUGGUUUUCAUUAGUGCUGAAGUGCGUGUCUGCUUCGGCUCACGGAACAGGCCCUGAGCCCUAGUGUAAAGUCUCCUCUGGUGGACGUGGUUCUUAUACUGUCUAAUAGAAAAACUGUGAAACAGCGUUGAUAGAAAGCACACACACCCUCUCUCUUCUUGCUCGUAGAACAUACAGUAUAUCUAACCUAUCUAUAAGGGAUAACAUUGCCUCAUAACAUUUAGUACAAUGGACCCAUUUGUUUUCCAUUUCCAUAUCUGAUUAUUUGAACGAUCUGUUUUGGUUUUCUUUUGUUUGUCACUUAAUUCAAUAUCUGACUAUUCACCUAUAACAUAUAGUCUUGAUCUCCUUCAUAGAUCUCCUUCAUAUUAAUAAUUCUCAUGUGAGGGACCUUUCUGCAAUAAGACCGUGGUGACUGUCAUUUCUAGAGACUAUAAAUAGUAUGAUAAAUUAGCUGACAAAAUGUCAGUGUUUUUCCUCCAUCCUGUUCAGUGUGCAUGUGGUUGGUUGUGUAGUGGCCAGAUAGAAGUAGCAUGUUCUAUUGUAGUCCAUGUUUAGGCUUCUAUUGUAGUCCAUGUUGAGGCUUCUAUUGUAGUCCACGUUGAGGGUUCUAUACAUACAGUGGGGAGAACAAGUAUUUGAUACACUGCCGAUUUUUGCAGGUUUUCCUACUUACAAAGCAUGUAGAGGUCUGUAAUUUUUAUCAUAGGUACACUUCAACUGUGAGAUGGAAAAAAAAAUCCAGAAAAUCACAUUGUAUGAUUUUUAAGUAAUUCAUUUGCAUUUUAUUGCAUGACAUAAGUAUUUGAUACAUCAGAAAAGCAGAACUUAAUAUUUGGUACAUAAACCUUUGUUUGCAAUUACAGAGAUCAUACUUUCCUGUAGGUCUUGACCAGGUUUGCACACAUUGCAGCAGGGAUUUUUGCCCACUCCUCCAUACAGACCUUCUCCAGAUCCUUCAGGUUUCGGGGCUGUCGCUGGGCAAUACAGACUUUCAGCUCCCUCCAAAAAUGUUCUAUUGGGUUCAGGUCUGGAGACUGGCUAGGCCACUCCAGGACCUUGAGUUGCUUCUAAUGGAGCCACUCCUUAGUUGCCCUGGCUGUGUGUUUCGGGUCAUUGUCAUGCUGGAAGACCCAGCCACGACCCAUCUUCAAUGCUCUUACUGAGGGAAGGAGGUUGUUGGCCAAGAUCUCGCGAUACAUGGCCCCAUCCAUCCUCCUCUCAAUACGGUGCAGUCGUCCUGUCCCCUUUGCAGAAAAGCAUCCACAAAGAAUUUCCACCUCCAUGCUUCACGGUUGGGAUGGUGUUCUUGGGGUUGUACUCAUCCUUCUUCUUCCUCCAAACACGGCGAGUGGAGUUUAGACCAAAAAGCUCUAUUUUUGUCUCAUCAGACCACAUGACCUUCUCCCAUUCCUCCUCUGGAUCAUCCAGAUGGUCAUUGGCAAACUUCAGACAGGCCUGGACAUGCGCUAGCUUGAGCAGGGGGACCUUGAGUGCGCUGCAGGAUUUUAAUCCAUGACGGCGUAGUGUGUUACUAAUGGUUUUCUUUGAGACUGUGGUCCCAGCUCUCUUCAGGUCAUUGACCAGGUCCUGCCGUGUAGUUCUGGGCUGAUCCCUCACCUUCCUCAUGAUCAUUGAUGCCCCACGAGGUGAGAUCUUGCAUGGAGCCCCAGACUGAGGGUGAUUGACCGUCAUCUUGAACUUCUUCCAUUUUCUAAUAAUUGCGCCAACAGUUGUUGCCUUCUCACCAAGCUGCUUGCCUAUUGUCCUGUAGCCCAUCCCAGCCUUGUGCAGGUCUACAAUUUUAUCCCUGAUGUCCUUACACAGCUCUCUGGUCUUGGCCAUUGUGGAGAGGUUGGAGUCUGUUUGAUUGAGUGUGUGGACAGGUGUCUUGUAUACAGGUAACGAGUUCAAACAGGUGCAGUCAAUACAGGUAAUGAGUGGAGAACAGGAGGGCUUCUUAAAGAAAAACGACCAGGUCUGUGAGAGCCGGAAUUCUUACUGGUUGGUAGGUGAUCAAAUACUUAUGUCAUGCAAUAAAAUGCAAAUGAAUUACUUAAAAAUCAUACAAUGUGAUUUUCUGGAUUUUUGUUUUAGAUUCCGUCUCUCACAGUUGAAGUAUACCUAUGAUACAAAUUACAGACCUCUACAUGCUUUGUAAGUAGGAAAACCUGCAAAAUCGGCAGUGUAUCAAAUACUUGUUCUCCCCACUGUAGGUGUUUUAUAGGUGGGUUUAUAUGAGGUUUCGUCCUUCAAGGGAGGGCAGCAUUGGAAGUGUGUCACUGAAGUAAGCAUUUCACUGUUAGUCUACACCUGUUUUACGAAUUAUGUGAUAAAUAAAAUAAAACAACAAUUGUUGAUGUCAUGGUAACAUCAGAAUAGCAUGGCUUUUAUUGUGCAGGCCUUGUCUGAUGACUGAGCCACAGAGUUAGUAUUUCAGCACUUUGGACAUUGUGUGACUCCAUUUUGAUUGAUUGAUUUGGGUUUAUUUUGGAUAUGAAGAGAAGGUGGUCUUACGUUGGGCCUAGGGGAAGACAGAAUACAGGUACAAAGUUUGGCUUGUGUAAAAUAAUCCAUUCCCAGUGUGUUCAUCAGUGGACACAGACAUGUAUAUUUUAUUUGGCAUGAUGAGUGACCCUGACCUGUGACUCCUGGCCUUUGCCCUGUAGGGAUGGAGUUCCCUGUGGACGUGUUGGGUUCAGUGAGGCAAGAGGAGGAGGAGCAGGCAGCAGAGGGCUACAUGACCCGGCUACGAUACGUCAGCCCCAACAAGACCGAGAGCUUUACCCUGCCCAGCCACAGAAAGGUACACACACACACACACACACACACACACACACACUGUUAGUUUAGUCAACUCUAACCCCAUGUCACUCUUUCUCUCUCUCCCCCUCUCAGAUCUGUAUCGGUUUGUGUAACGUUGGUUUUGUUCCCAUCUAUGGAGGAGACCUGAAGCACAAGAUUCUGGCCCUGUUCGCCCCAGAUGAUCAGCUCACAGGUACACACAACACUACACCCGCCCACCACCCCAUCCCUAGCCCCCUGUCCCUAUCCGUUGACACAGUCACAGUGUAAGCUGGUAGUUUCCACCGCAUAGAUACUGUAGGUGUAAGCUAUUUUAUUUGAAACUACCAGUAUAUACACAUCAGAUCCCUUCAGAUCUACUAGAGUUUAGGGUAGGGUCUGGGGGCUUAUAUUUCGUACAACAUACAUUUGGAUUCUAACCAUAGAUCAUACUCCUCUAACUCUAAUUCUCAAUGUCACUCCCUUUCCCCUCCCCCUCUCUCUCUCCAGCGGUAGCUCUGUUCCUGGCAGGACAGUGGUGGUCAGUAGAGGACGUCCUCAGAACCUCAAACCCUUCCAGAACUGGCCUGGUCAAGGUACAUACACACACACACUGCAACACAUACAACACAAGAUGAUUGUUGAUUUGACAAAUCGAGAAACGUGAAGCUAGCACAUUGAAACACACAAACACACUCUGUGGAGGUAGGAUAUGGUAGGAUAUUGGGUUUGUGUCUGGUGUGAGGAGAAGCUCUGAAUCUGACACGAUAUGAGAGGACACACAGGAUUAGGGCUGUCCCCGACCCAAAAAAAUGUUGGUCGACCGAAAGUCGUCUGUUCUUUCAACCACAUUUAUUUGCGUGUAUUUUUCCUUAUAUAGACCCACCCUAUGUGUUUUUAAUAAAAUCAACUAUAGGCCUAUGUAUUGAGAUUGUUUGAUGAAAUAAGACACAAAUGACUCAAGAGGGAGCCAGAGAUCAAGAUAACCAGAAGAAAAAAAAACUUUACCUGACUUGACCAUCCUCCUCCCGCUCCUGCUGGCUUUUACAGAUUCUGCUUUUACUCUCCUGAAGUUGCCGGUAAUCGGCUACACGAGGAGUCGGCAACCUUUCUCAUGUGGAAUGCCAAUUUAUCUUACAAUUUCUACCGAUCUGCGUGCCAGGUAUGGUUUUCAUAUGCACAUUUUAGUGGAACGGUUUCAUUUAAAUUUAUAAUAACAUUUUCGUAUCUCAAAAUCAUUGACAUGUGGUUAAUCAAAAUUCUAUCCAAAUGAAAUGAAUGAUACAAACCUAAAAAGUAACUUAUAUUGCCAUUGCCAACUAUGGAAAAAUAGCCUACAUAAAGCCAACAAAAUAAAAACAUUGCAGCAUUGGCUACACGUGGACUGUCUGCAACAAACUUGAAACAUUGUAUCAACUUGGGUCCGGGCCUGAAGCUUGCCCUAGCGAACUUGCAACAUUGUAUAAAACUGUUUCCUGUGGGACAGACACAGCUGUAGGCUAUUUGCGCAAGGGAUAAGAAAUCAUAAAGUAGGCCUAUUUUAUGAUGUUUCCACUGGAUCAGAGCAUGACAUUCUUCCCUUUCACGCUGAGUGGUUAUCAAAAGGGAGAGAACUUGAAAGAUUUUUCAAAUACAUUGAGGAACUAUUGUCAUUCUUAAUAGAUGUAAAAACAGACUUAGUUUGCUUUCUGUUUGAGGUGAAGAAAACAUUACUUUGAGAAGCUCCACAGCUCAUUAGUGGUGGUGCGUUAAGCCAAUCAGAAAUACUAUCAGAUCCCCAAAUAAGCACAUUUAUAUGCCUACAUUUGUGUGCAGGCCAGGUAGCCUAUAGGCCUACUUCUAUCCGUAAUCAGGUGCGUGUCCUUAAUUAAUUGACAGGAGCGCUUCAAACAAAAGACGAUGACUAAAUUGACAAAGCUCGUACAGUGCAUUCGGAAAGUAUUCAGACCCCUUGACUUUUUCCACAUUUUCUUACAUUACAGCCUUAUUCUAAAAUUGAUGAAAUCGUUUUUCCCCUCAUCAAUCUAUACACAAUACCCCAUAAUGACAAACCAAACAGGUUUUUAGAAAUGUAAAAAUAAAAAUGAAAUAGUAUUAAGAUCCUUUACUCAGUAAUUUGUUGAAGCACCUUUGGCAGCGAUUAAAGCCUCCAAGUCUUCUUGGGUAUGAUGCUACAAGCUUGGCACACCUGUAUUUGGGGAGUUUCUCCCAUUCUUCUCUGCAGAUCCUCUCAAGCUCUGUCAGGUUGGAUGGGGAGCCUCGAUGCACAGCUAUUUUCAGGUCUCUUCAGAGAUGUUUGAUCGGGUUCAAGACCGGGCUCUGGCUGGGCCACUCAAGGUCAUUCAGAGACUUGUCCCAAAGCCACUCCUGCAUUGUCUUGGCUGUGUGCUUAGGGUCGUUGUCCUGUUGGAAGAUGAACCUUACAUUUUAGUCAUUUAGCAGACGCUCUUAUCCAGAGUGACUUACAGUUAGUGAGUGCAUAAAUCUUUCAUACUGGCCCCCCGUGGGAAUCAAACCCACAACCCUGGUGUUGCAAGCGCCAUGCUCUACCAACUGAGCUACAGGAGGCCUGUCUGAGGUCCUGAGUGCUCUGGAGCAGGAUUUCAUCAAGGAUCUCUCAGUACUUUGCUGCGUUCAUCUUUCCCUCGAUCCUGACUAGUAUCACAGUCCCUGCCGCUGAAAGACAUACCCACAGCAUGAUGCUGCCACCACAAUGCUUCACUGUAGGGAUGCUGCCAGGUUUCCUCCAGACGUGACGCUUGGCAUUCAGGCCAAAGAGUUCAAUCUUGGUUUCAUCAGACUAGAGAAUCUUUAGGUGUCUUUUGGCAAACUCCAAGCGUGCUGUCAUGUGCCUUAUACUGAGGAGUGGCUUCUAUCUGGCCACUCUACCAUAAAAGCCAGAUUGGUGGAGUACUGCAGAGAUGGUUGUCCUUCUGGAAGGUUCUCCCAUCUCCACAGAGGAACUCUGGAGCUCUGUCAGAGUGACCAUCGGGUUCUUGGUCACCUCCCUGAGUGACCAUCGGGUUCUUGGUCACCUCCCUUACCAAGGCCCUUCUCGCUCAGUUUGGCCGGGGGGGGGGCAGAUCUAGGAAGAGUCUUGGUGGUCCCAAACGUCUUCCAUUUAAGAAUGAUGGAGGCCACUGUGUUCUUGGGGAUCUUCAAUGCUGCAGAAAUUUGUUGGUACCAUUCCCCAGAUCUGUGCCUCGAUACAAUCCUGUUUCGGAGCACUACGGACAAUUCCUUCGCCCUCAUGGCUUGGUUUUUGUUCUGACAUGCACUGUCAACUGUGGGACCUUUAUAUAGACAGGUGUGUGACUUUCCAAAUCAUGUCCAAUCAAUUGAAUUUACCACAGGUGGACUCCAAUCAAGUUGUAGAAACAUCAAGGAUGAUCAAUGGAAACAGGAUGCACCUGAGCUCAAUUUCGAGUCUCAUAGUAAAGGGUCUGAAUUCUUAUGCAAAUAACCUGUUUUUUUGCCUUGUCAUUAUGGGGUGUUGUGUGUAGAUUGAUGAUUUUUAUUUAUUUAAUCAAUUUUAGAAUAAGGCUGUAACGUAACAAAAUAUGGAAAAAGGGAAGGGGUCUGAAUACUUUCUGAAUGCACUGUAAAUGGAAUGAAAUAAACCCAAACUUGUUUCUCAUAAGCAUAGGUUGUGCGCUCUGCAAACAACAGGUCCACUCCGACAAUGAGAACGGUAAAAGACUGGAAUAAUAAUGAUAAUAUAUUGAAUGCAUUAACAGACAUUACCGUAACCAAACAAACAUUAUAAAUUAGAAAUUAUAGGAAUUCACGGGAAAUGUACUACUGGUGAUAUAUGUAAUAGGGAAUUGAUAGACACUAACAAUCAAACGCAAACAAUUCACACAAUUUAAGUUAUGAAACAAUGAAUGUGCACAAAUUGGCUUGAGAGAGAGCAUUUUGGAGAGAGACUUGCAUUGUGCAUCUUGACCACACUCCCAUUCUUCUUGGACUGUGCCAUCCCGCGGCCUCUACAAUGGAUUAGUUCACUGAGAUGGGCGCGAAACAGUCACGUGUCUUGUGUGCCAUUAAAAAAAUAAAAUAAUGCAUAUACAUGCAUGCUACUGCUCAACAACAACAAAAUAUCAGUCGACCAGCAGCCUAUCGACCAAACAAUCGAUGGAUAGCACACACACACACAUUAGCCUGGGCAUGUUUAUCUACCCCAUCAGAUGCAUAAUGACAUUGUUUUGAACAGAAUGUCAAGCACUGCAUGUGUAUUGCAUUUAUGGUGUGUGUAGAGGACAGAGCACAAUGACAGCAUUCAGAACAAACUCAUGGCUCUCUGCCUGGCUUUGCCCUGCAACUGGUUCUGAUUAGCAUGGAACAAUGGAGAAACACACAGCGUGCAUGUACACACACACACACACACACACACACACACUAGGGUUGGGCAAAAUCAGCUUUGGUUCUGGCGUGAUUCAGUACUUAUAAAAUCGCCAGUUAAUGUUAUCGCCCCCCGAGUGGCCAGCCCAAUUUUUUAAACUAAAAACAUUUGACAGACUUUAUUGUAAUAUAUGGGAAAUACUCAUAACUUUAUCUUGUCUUUUUAUGGUAUUUCAAUUAGUAGGAUUAGUCUAUGCUUUUGGCCGUUUGGUUUCGUAACGGCACAGAGGAUUUCUUUUUUUAUAAUAGCCUAAGCUUUGCUCAACUGUAAGGUUUGUUCGAACUACUAGUUAGAACAAACAAUAGCAAGAUAGAAAAUCUCUCUCAUUAUUACCUUAGGCCUACCUUGUUUUUUAAGGUUAUUCAAAAACAACUGAAAACUUUCUGAGCCUACUAAAACUCAGUUCGAUUAAUUUAAUUGUAUAAUCAUGAAAUAGCACGGCGGGAGAAAUCCAGGGUGCAUAAAACUGAAAGAGAAGCUUAAUAGGUCAAGUAAUAUUCAUAUCAAAUGGAGAGAAAAUAGAAAGAUGGGCUUUAAUAACAAUUAGACAUAGGCUUUGGCUAUUAGGCCCAGAUCAUCUGAUAGUCGAGAGUGAAAACCCCCAAAAAUUCUGACUGGACAUUUUGUGCUGCUUUGGUGAAACUCUCGGCUCCGUCUACAUUGUUCUUGUGCAUUCUGUAAAUAGUUUAUAACAUAUUUGUGCACUGCCGAACUCCGCUCUUUACUGCAAGUUGCCAGUCAAGUUUAAAUAGGCUUGGCUAUUGUCUGUCACAUCACGAUGUCGUCACCAUCGACAAUGGCUGUCAAUCAUCCUCGAUAGACGAUGCUAUCAUAACCCUAAGAGACACACACAAGUUUGAAACUAGGAGCAGUGCACUGUUCAGGGCCUUGAUUCAAACCCCACAGUUAAAUGUUAUUUCUAUGUUUACAAGGGGUUGGCAGAGAUAUGAAGCAAUAAAAACUGUCACUUAAACAUUUUAGUGGGAGGUGAAAGACGACGAUGCCACGUACUGAACCAAGUCCCUUCUGAAUCGUGUGUCCUACUACAGUGUAUGUACAGUUGAAGUCGGAAGUUUACAUACACCUUAGCCAAAUACAUUUAAACUCAGUUUUUCACAAUUCCUGACAUUUAAUCCUAGUAAAUAUUCCCUGUUUUAGGUCAGUUAAGAUCACCACUUUUAUUUUAAGAAUGUGAAAUGUCAGAAUAAUAGUAGAGAGAGAUUUAUUUCAGCUUUUAUUUCUUUCAUCACAUUCCCAGUGGGUCAGAAGUUUACAUACACUCAAUUAGUAUUUGGUAGCAUUGCCUUUAAAUUGUUUAACUUGGGUCAAACGUUUCGGGUAGCCUUCAACAAGCUUCCCACAAUAAGUUGGGUGAAUUUUGGCCCAUUCCUCCUGACAGAGCUGGUGUAACUGAGUCAGGUUUGCAGGCCUCCUUGCUCGCAUACGCUUUUUCUGGCCACACAUUUACUAUAGGAUUGAAGUCAGGGCUUUGUGAUGGCCACUCCAAUACCUUGACUUUGUUGUCCUUAAGCCAUUUUGCCACAACUUUGGAAGUAUGCUUGGGGUCAUUGUCCAUUUGGAAAACCCAUUUGCAACCAAGCUUUAACUUCAUGACUGAUGUCUUGAGAUGUUGCUUCAAUAUAUCCAUCUAAUUUUCCUUCCCCAUGAUACCAUCUAUUUUGUGAAGUGCACCAGUCCCUCCUGCAGCAAAGCACCCCCACAGCAUGAUGCUGCCACCCCCGUGCUUCACGGUUGGGAUGGGGUUUUUCGGCUUGCAAGCCCCCCCUUUUUCCUCCAAACAUAACGAUGGUCAUUAUGGCAAAACAUUUUUUUUUGUUUCAUCAGACCAGAGGACAUUUCUCCAAAAAGUACAAUCUUUGUCCCCAUGUGCAGUUGCAAACCGUAGUCUGGCUUUUUUAUGGCGGUUUUGGAGCAGUGGCUUCUUCCUUGCUGAGCGACCUUUCAGGUUAUGUCGAUAUAGGACUCGUUUUACUGUGGAUAUAGAUACUUUUGUACCUGUUUCCUCCAGCAUCUUCACAAGGUCCUUUGCUGCUGUUCUGGGAUUGAUUUGCACUUUUCGCAGCAAAGUACGUUCAUCUCUAGGAGACAGAACGCGUCUCCUUCAUGAGCGGUAUGACGGCUGCGUGGUCCCAUGGUGUUUAAACUUGCGUACUAUUGUUUGUACAGAUGAACGUGGUACCUUAAAGCGUUUGGACAUUUCUCCCAAGGAUGAACCAGACUUGUGGAGGUCUACCAUUUUUUUUCUGAGGUCUUGGCUGAUUUCUUUUGAUUUUCCCAUGAUGUCAAGCAAAGAGGCACUGAGUUUGAAGGUAGGCCUUGAAAUACAUGCACAGGUACACCCAAUUAUGUCAAUUAGCCUAUCAGAAGCUUCUAAAGCCAUGACAUCAUUUUCUGGAAUUUUCCAAGCUGUUUAAAGGCACAGUCAACUUAGUGUAUGUAAACUUCUGACCCACUGGAAUUGUGAUACAGUGAAAUAAUCUGUCUGUAAACAAUUGUUGGUAAAAUUACUUGUCAUGCACAAAGUAGAUGUCCUAACCGACUUGCCAAAACUAUAGUUUUAACAAGAAAUGUGUGGAGUGGUUGAAAAACGAGUUUUAAUGACUCCAACCUAAGUGUAUGUAAACGUCCGACUUCAACUGUAGAUUGAGCAGUGAGGAAAGUAUGUGUUUGUGCGUUGAGUGUUGCCGGUGAAAACUCCUGGGGAGAGGUGGUGUGUGUGUGUGUGUGUGUUACCUUUAACAUUUUGUUAAGUCAAAUAAAUAAAAUAAAAUGUUAUUGGCCACAUGCGCCGAAUACAACAGGUGCAGACAUUACAGUGAAAUGCUUACUUACAGCCCUUAAACAACAGUGCAUUUAUUUUUAAUAAAAAAAGUAGACAAAAAGUGUUGAGGAAAAAAAGAGCAGAAGUAAAAUAAAAUAACAGUAGGGAGGCUAUAUAUACAGGGGGGUACCGGUGCAGAGUCAAUGUGCGGGGACACCGGCUAGUUGAGGUAGUUGAAGUAAUAUGUACAUGUGGGUAGAGUUAAAGUGACUAUGCAUAAAUAAUUAACAGAGUAGCAGCAGCGUAAAAUGAUGGGGUGGGGGAGGGGGGGCAGUGCAAAUAGCCCGGGUAACCAUGAUUAGCUGUUUAGGAGUCUUAUGGCUUGGGGGUAGAAGCUGUUGAGAAGUCUUUUGGACCUAGACUUGGCACUCCGGUACCGCUUGCCGUGCGGUAGCAGAGAGAACAGUCUAUGACUAGGGUGGCUGGAGUCUUUGACAAUUGAGGGCCUUCCUCUGACACCGCCUGGUAUAGAGGUCCUGGAUGGCAGGAAGCUUGGCCCCAGUGAUGUACUGGGCCGUACGCACUACCCUCUGUAGUGCCUUACGGUCGGAGGCCAAGCAGUUGCCAUACCAGGCGGUGAUGCAACCAGUCAGGAUGCUCUCGAUGGUGCAGCUGUAGAAUUUUUUGAGGAUCUGAGGACCCAUGCCAAAUCUCAACCUGUUCCACCACAGCCCCGUCGAUGAGAAUGGGGUCGUGCUCAGUCCUCUUUUUUUUUCCCCUGUAGUCCACAAUCAUCUCCUUUGUCUUGGUCACGUUGAGGGAGAGGUUGUUAUCCUGGCACCACAUGGCCAGGUCUCUGACCUUCUCCCUAUAGGCUGUCUCAUCGUUGUCGGUGAUCAGGCCUACCACUGUUGUCAUCUGCAAACUUAAUGAUGGUGUUGGAGUCGUGCCUGGCCAUGCAGUCAUGGGUGAACAGGGAGUACAGGAGGGGACUGAGCACGCACCCCUGAGGGGCCCCCGUGUUGAGGAUCAGUGUGGCAGAUGUGUUGAUACCUACCCUUACCACCUGGGGGCGGCCCGUCAGGAAGUCCAGGAUCCAGUUGCAGAGGGAGGUGUUUAGUCCCAGAUUCCUUAGCUUAGUGAUGAGCUUUGAGGGCACUAUGGUGUUGAAUGCUGAGCUGUAGUCAAUUAAUAGCAUUCUCACAUAGGUGUUCCUCUUGUCCAGGUGGGAAAGGGCAGUGUGGAGUGCAAUAGAGAUUGCAUCAUCUGUGGAUCUGUUGGGGCGGUAUGCAAAUUGGAGUGGGUCUAGGGUUUCUGGGAUAAUGGUGUUGAUGUGAGCCAUGACCUGCCUUUCAAAGCACUUCAUGGCUACAGACAUUCUGUCUGUGUGUCCCCCAGGUGAGGAGUCUUGGUGAGCGGAUCGUCCUGUACAUUCUGAACCGUAUCGUGUACCGCGUGGGUGAGAUGGACAAACCUGAGGUGCCCUUCCUGUGCCACGGCCAGCACGACUUCGCCAAGCUCCUCUGGAAGGAUGGAAACGCCGUCGGGUUCUACUCAGUCAAACCCAAAGGUGAGCUGUCUCUGUCUGGUCAAACUGUCAUCUUUUGUUUAAACCCAAACUGCGGUGAAGUUAGCUAGUUAGUGAAGACUGGGCAGUACCCCAACUUACACAAGGCUAUCCAUUACCCUCAACCUCCUGAAGAUGAUUUCUAUAAUGGCCAAGAGGUAGACUUUUUAUAGUAUACCAAAAAUAUAGUAGCACAUAGUUUUAAUGUUCAGUAUUUCUGGUACAAAGUAUCAUUCCCUGUGUUUAAACUGUUUUCAGUUUUGCUCAGUGAAGACACAGGACCACUGUAGAGCAGAGCAGGUCAUCCUAGUACAACCGAUGAGCCGGAAUUAAUUUAAUUUGUUCAAAGUUUUUUCAUUAGAUCCACAUUGAGACAGGCAGAUCGUUUUUCCACUUUUGUUUGACUUUGUAAUGUUCUCUAAUCGGGGAAAUGUUCCAGCAGUGUAUGAAUUCAGACUUCAGUUUUGAUCUCUUGCCAUGUAUCUUGUUUGAUUAUCCUGCGUUUUAUGACAAUCAAUCAUGUAUCAAUCAAUUACAGCAUACCUUACAGACAUUAACUAACAGUAAAUCUCUCUUCCUCUCACUCUCCAGACAGCUUAUGUAAUAAUUUUGUGACCCAGCGCUACCAGCUUCCUGUCAUGAACUCCAUCUUUGUCAGGAAGUGUCACCGUGGAAAAGGUCAUGGCCUGCAGAUGCUGGAGGACUUUGUGGACUCUUUCAAAGACAACCAGCUCGGCCUGAAGUACCCUCUCUCUCUAACCAUGUAUAAAGGUUAGUAGUAGGAGUAGUACUCUCUUUCUCUAACCAUGUAUAAAGGUUAGUAGUACUCUUGUGCUCUAAUUAUGUGUUACGAACCCCGUGGCUUUAAACGUCUAGGGUGAUGGACAUGAGACCCGUAACAUAAUUCAUGCAAAUUAUAAGUGUGACAUGGAACAGUGAGAACGAAAAACUACACGACAACCAUAAACUACCGUCAAACAUAAAAGGUUUAUUGCUGAACACACGGUAAAGGUUUUGGGAAAAAGGGCUGAGCAGGACCCAAGAAAUGAAACAAUAGUGUAAAACACACCUAAACUGAUCUUGCCUGCCUCAAGAACCGCUAAGCUACUGCUAGUCAUACAAAAGUACAGUGGGUGGUCCGCUCAGGUCUAACUAGUGUUUUUAGACAGAUUUCUUCCUACGGGUAACGUACGCCCAAGGGCAACUUGCUUAAACUCCCCUUUUCCCAGAAACACACAAAGUUACCAAACAGAGUAAUCAGCAAAUUAGUGAGUACACAAUACACAUGAUACCACAGUACUCCAUACUCACAUACGGAAAUAGUCUCUAACAAAAUUACCAAACAGAGUAGCCAAACUUAGUGAGUACACAAUACACAGGAUACCACAGUAUCCAUACUCACAUAUGGAAACAGUCUUUCUCUCUCACAACAAACAUAACUGACUGGUUUUUAAACAAUGGGAUGUGUGAUUGAAAAACCAGCAACAGGUGGUGCCAUGCAGAGGAAUGUUCACUGAUUGGUCCACCUUAGCAAUCAGCAGACAUCUCAACGACCACCAAUCAGGAACAUACAGGACACCUGUGAUUAGGGCAGAAGGAGAGGAAAACACAGGACACAGGAUACCUGUAUCCGUAACAUUAUGUAUAAAGGUUUGUAGUAGUACCCUAUCUCUCUACUCCUCUCUACUGUACUCUAGAACUGUACAACUUUCCAUCUCCAAAAUAAAUGAAUAAAUCAGUCAAUCAAAGUGUAUCAUCUCUCCCUGACCUGCAGUGUGUGGCCAGUACCUGUGUCGGUACCCAGCUGACCAGGAUCUGCUGUGGGUGGUAGAGGGAGUGGGAGGACUCUACCAGAGAGAGAAUGUGGCCAGCAAGAUCAAAGCCCUAGCACUGAAAGGUACUGGCACAGUAGCAUGAGGUAUACAGGGAUGCACUUUCAACACCAUGCUCUAACACCAACGGCCUGUUCAGCAAGAUGUAACGUUACAGUACCUUCAGAUAGAAAUGUGUUAUGUAGAACUGAUAUGAUUGUCAUGUAGAAUAGGGAAUCGCGACGACAGCUCUAUUCAUUACAUUUCUAUCUGCGACCUCCCUGAAAUACAACCCAGCUGAUCCAUCGGGACCAUAGCAGGAUGAUAGCAUGAGACCCAGAUUAGAUCCUCUAUAAUGUGGGCUGGGGACUUGGUGACAUCAGACAGACAGUGGUCAGACUCACAUGACCGGUAGCUAAUUGACUUAUGAUUGUUCUGCUGAUUCCCAUAAAGUGGUGCUCCACGCGGUGGCGUCUAACGGAGACCAACGAGCUGCCUCUCUGGACCACACAGACAUCAUCAUGGAGGAGGAGGAGGAGGACAACUUUCUGGACAUCACCGUACGUCUCUAGCUCUCCCGGUCUCUCUCUCUAUCCAACUUGGUCUCUUGUUGUUUCUUUCUUUCCUUUUUUAGCUCCUCCUUUGCUAUGCUUUCUUUUCUUGGGUCUCCUCCUCAGUCUCUCGUCUCCUCGAACAGCUCUUUGGAUGUAUUUGUUGUUUAUAAUUUAAGAAUAUCUUCAACCCUCAGUUCUUUACUGUAGGGUCAAUAUAAUCAAGUAAUGAAGAGUUGAUUUGGUCUUGAUUUCUUGUUCUUGUGUUCUAGGAGGAUCUUUUGGUGGCAAAUAAGCCUCUCAAGUUAAUAGAAGGUAAGUAGCUCAGAAGUCUUUAGGAUCUCCAUGGAGUCCUGAAAUUAAUAACGAAUGAGAAAAUGUUGGAUUUUCUGAAUACAGAAAUUGGCAAAAAAAAAAAUUGAAUACACAUUGGAAUGAAAAUGGCUACUCUUUCUCUAGCCCUGGAUGGUACACCAGUGUCAACGCGUAUCAGGAGUAGCGGACAUAAAAAGCAUGGCAGAGAAGAGACGGAAGACUCCACAGAGGAGAGCCAGCCUCUGAAGAUGAACAGGUUAGAGAAGGAGUCUCAGUGAAAUAGAAACCUAUAUCAAAGUAUUAAUGAAAUGUGUAUAAUUCAAUGUAUACAGUCUUUUUUCCAGGGCAGUAGUGCUCCUUAAUUCACGUAAAUUCAGUGACUGUUUUUUACUCCUCAGACAACUGUCAAUCAAUAGACUCCUACCCAUAGUAUUUUCAACACUGAAAUGUGUCCUUUCUUUCAGGUUGUAACCCAACCUUUACAUGGUUUUCAAGUAUGAAUGCUUCCCUUUGGCUCUAAAUCAUAAUACCCCUGGUCUAUUGUGCGUUUAGAUUGGAGGAUGCAAAGGCAGAGCCCACCACUACGGCUGUAGAUGAGGAUGAAGGAAGAGCAGGAGAGGCAGAGGCUGCUGUCUGUGGCCUCUGUAGAGGAGGAGGACACCAAAGCUCAGGUGAGAGGAUGGGGGAGGUGAUCAGUAGGAAUACAGCAUUAGAAAACAACAGUUAAUUUGGCUGUUCUGUUUUGCUUGUCAUCAUUGUGUUAUGUUACUGUUAGAGAAUAAGCAGUCACUAUCAUAGCUUAUGUCACACUGGAUGCGUCAGAAAUGGCACUCUAUUCCCUAUGGUGCCUGGUCAAAAACAGUGCACUAUAUAGUGAAUAGGGUGCCAUUACAGACAACAUUGAUUUAGGCUUUAACUCUAUUAGCCCAUAGAAACACAUUGAAUAACAGAUUCAUACAUGGGAAAAACUGAAGGAAGUUUGUUUUGAUGUGCCUGGCCUAUAUCUGAGAGAUGUAAGAAAGAUCAGAUUUCUUUUUUAUAUGACACGUAUUUAACACUUUUUUUAGGCACUAAACUACUUCCAUAUAUACUUCCAUAAUUGUUUUAAAGGGGAGGCUUGUGAGGCUUGUGGACAUUCUAGAGCAAAACAGAAGUUGGCAGAUCGGCGGUAUUGAUUUCAGACGAGUCCCGUAACGCUUGUGCAAAACCACUGACAUGUUCGUGAGAGUUUCACCUUUCCAUAGGGUGGUCAUAGUAGUUUGUAGGCCAAACCGUUUGGACGCUACAGACGUUUUCGCGAGGAGACCGAUUUUCGGGAUGUCUCAUGGUCUGACAAACACAGAUGUACCGGAUGCGGAAGGCCGAUAUUGACGGAUGCGUUGGAUCGAGACGCAAAAAAACUCUAGCUUAAACACAGAUUUUUAUGAUGAUUUUUGUAUUAUGCAAUUUGAUUUUCGCAGGGCUGCGAUUAAUUAACGAAAGUAGCCGUUAACCAUUGGUUGGGGCUCUUCACUCCUCAGGAGGUGGAGGAGAUGAACGGAGAACUGACUGAUGACCAGAGAGAGGAGGUAAAGGAUGGAGUGGAGGAGGAGGAAAAGGAGGAGGGGGGAGAGGCUGUGCUAGAGAACAGAACGACAGAGGAAGACGUGGAAAUGAAGGACGACGAGGAGGAGGAGGAGGAGGCGGCGAAGGAGGAAGAGUCCAUCGAGGCUGAAGUAUGUGGUUCAAUUACUCAGGAGGAUUAACCUUGUAUGACAGUUGGAAUGUGUGGGAUGGGGCCAUUAUUGGAGCAAGGGGAUCACAGAUGAGAUGGAAAGUUCAUUUCUGUACUGUGGACAUGUUUAUUUCUAUAGUGUGCGUUAGAAAGGGAAUUGGGUAGUAUGUUUAACAAAUGCACAUUUUUCUGUCCUUUUGUCCUCUGCAGGACAUAGUAGAAGCUGAAGCUGUGGUGGAGGAGGAACUGGAGGAGGUUCCUCUCCCGUUAGUAGAAGAACCAGCCUAUGCUCCAGAGGAGGCCCCCUCGCCUGCAGAACCAUCCUCAGCAGAGCCCUCCAUCUCUGGGGAUGUGAGUGAGAAGGCAGGGGUGGAACCUCCAGCACCUUCAGAGGAGGCCGCAGCUACACCCAUGGAAGAAGGAGAGGAGGUAGAGGGAGAAAAGGAGGAGGCGGAGAAAGCAGUGGAUUUGUACUGUGGACGUGUUUCUUUCUACAGUAUGUGUUAGAAAGGGAAUUGGGCUAUAUGUUUUUCACAACUGCAUGUUUUUCUUUCUUUUUGUCCUAUGCAGGACACCGUAGUAGCAGCUCCUGUGGCGUCAGAGGGGUUGGCUGAAGCUGUGGUGGAGGAGGAACUGGAGGAGGAGGUUUCUCUACCAUUAGUAGAAGAACCAGCCUAUGCUCCAGAGGAGGCCCCCUCGCCUGCAGAGCCAGCCCAAGCAGAUCCCUCCAUCUCUGGGGAGGUGAGUGAGGAGGCAGGGAGGGAACCUGCUGCGCCUCUAGAGGAGGCCGCAGCUACACCCAUGGAAGAAGGAGAGGAGGUAAAGGGAGAAAAGGAGGAGGCUACGGAGAAAGCAGUGGAGGAACCAGAGGUAGAGGAGAAAUCCAUGGAGGAGGCCAUUGCGGUGGACAGCAGUAGCCAGGAAACUGUGGUCCAGGUGGGGGUAGCAGACCUGUCCUACCAGCCUCCGGAGGAAGGAGAGGAGGAGGAGGAGGCGGCGAAGGAAGAGGUCCUGGUCGAGGAGGACCAAAAUAAAGGGAUAGAGGAGAUGGAGAAUGCUACCAGUACAGCGGAUGAGAAAGAGGAGUUGGAGGAGGGAAGUGAGAGCUCAGACGAGGGUGGCAAGGUUCAGGCCCUUUGGAGGAGAGGUAGUGGCAGUGGCCUGGCGGAGCCUAAACGUAAAUCUACGAGACUCAGCAGAGUGGUCAUCGAGCCCGAGGAGCAGGACAGGGAGCAGCCGGAGGUCACAGAGGAAGAGGAGGAGAAAGCUACAACUACAGAGGAGGAAGAGGAGGCUGUAGAGAAGGGUUCGGCUGAGGUGGAAGAGGAGCAGCCACCAGUGAUUGACCAGAGGGCAUUGAGAAGGAAGAGCAGACCGGUCCAGACUCCAAAUAAAGCCAGAGGGAAACGACACAGCAAGAUCUAA